AUGGACGACGACUUCACGGAAUAUGCAAUUCAUGAUAAGUCAGUUGAUCUCACGACCCUCCAAACAUCGCGCCCUGAAGGAGAAAGUCUGACCAUUGGAGGUUCCAUGAUAGGUGUCUACAGCCGUAUCUACAACGCCUUACGGGAUAGAACGCUGUCCCUUACCAUCCACUGUGGUGAUAAAUUCUAUGUCUUUGAUAAAGACGUCAGUACCAAGAACACCCGUGUAUAUCGAGAUACCAGAUCGACAGAGUCCCAGCCUUAUAUGAUAUUGCCGGAGCCCGGAAGACUAUGCCACGAGAAUGGGGGUGGCAACGGAUGGCAGAUGUGGAACAAGCUCACUGUAGAAGACGAAAUUUGCAUCUGCCCGAGGGUUUUCGACAAUGCAAAGACGUCGCAGACUCUGAGCAGUUUGGACAAUACUGUUGACAGCCUUAAAGGGCGACAUGUCGAUUAUAUCAAGAAAUUCACCGCAGCAGGCAGUUUACUACACGAGCUAUCCCAUUGCCGUGGCAUCCUUGGGGACGACCAGACCAAGGACCUAAGGCUUCGACCUUUCCCACUAGGUCCGUUCAUCGAUGGGUAUCAACGAAACGGCGUCUGGGCCGUGUCAAAAAUUGAUCCAGCUGGGGCUCAUCGCAACGCAGACAGUAUCACGUAUUUCGCCCUAGCCAUGUAUUACUCCGCCUGUAACUGGUCGCGGGGAAUUUGCGGGGAAAAACCCUUUUGGGACUUUUGGAGUCAAGAUAAACAAGAGUAUAUGGAUAUAGAUUAUUCUACGUGA